AUGGACCGCAAACGCUCCUCGGCGCACUCGAGCGGCAACGGCUCGUCCAAACCCUUGUCCCGCGAAGCACUACGCAAGGCCAAUCACUCCUUGAUCGAACGACGUCGGCGCGAAAAGAUCAACCACGCCUUUUCAGAGUUGAGGGGGAUGGUACCUGGACUGGGAGGGGGUGGGGAGGGGAUGAAGGGAGAAUUCAAGCUGGAGGUAUUGGAGAAGACGGUGGAGCAUAUGAGGGCUCUGAUGAACAGGCUAGACUUCUUGGAAUCCCAGACCUCACGAAAGACCUCACACCAAGUGGAAGAAGCGAAACCGGGGAGGAAACGUAAACGUUUGGCCUCUAGCCCGACCACUACGACGACUUCUUCUAGUUCCAACCCGGUGGUUGUGUCCGGUAGAUCCCGCCAAGCGAUGUCCAAGACGAAUGGCCACUCUACCCGACAAAUCCUGAAGGAAGAGAAGCUUAAUGAGGAAACUUCCGAGUCGUCCGAUGAAGAACCACUCGUCGGUCGGUUUCUACCCAAGAACGACGAAACAAAAACGGAACUACGGGCUGCCGCGCUGCCUCUUCCUAUCUCAACCCGAUCGAACAUAACUACCACCUCGCCUAUUCCUCCCAACAUCAUCAACACCCAAAGCCACACCCACGAUCAUAACCACAACCCUACUCAUACCCGAACCCAUCACACCCCGGUCUCCUUUCACCUCCCCUUAUCCCGGAUCCUGAACCCCUCUUCCCCUAAACGACAACCCAAACCCCUUUCGCUGAGUACAUUCAACUCGCCCACGCCGAGCAGGACCGACUCGGAAGCGACCGUCCUUGAAGAAGGGUUACCUAGUCCGGGAAGCGAUAGUGGAUUGGGGCUGGGGAUGGUUGAUGGGAUUGCGGUGCGAAUGGAUACUAUACACGACGAUCGGAUGAUCGUGGACGCGGCUAGAGGUGAUGGUGAUCAACCCACCCCGAUCUCUUCCCUCGCUCUCGGACACCACCAGCAAACUUUCCAAUACAAUCAGAACCAGUUCCAAUCGAGCACCUCCCGCUACCCAUUUCCCGCCUCUGCCACCCUCUCCACGUCGUCCACUACCGAUCGCAACAAAAAAGACCUCUUCCUCUCCACUUCGACGGAGAUGUCCCCCCUCUCUCCAUUCAUCAUCGGCACUUCUUCCUCCUACUCGUCUUCAUUGUCACGAUCGAAAUCCAACGACAACCCAAACCGAAGGUCCCCUCCCUCGCAUACUGGGCAUAUUUUCCUACCCGAACCCAGCCCAUUAUUGACCCCGAUGAUCCAAAGACAAUCCCUCACCGGGUUGUUCGAGCUGGAUCCCCUCUCUCUCCCACUCGCACUCGAUAGGGGGUCUUCGGCGGAGGACGAGGGCGACAACGAUAUCAACGCCAACGUCCUGCCUGACCACGCUCACCACGCAGCUACCGGUCGUCCGUCUACCCAAGUCGACGAACAAGAAGCAGCCAACAUCUUGCUAGCCCUCUCUUCGCCUGAGAGUAUGGCUCCUACGCCCUGGCAUUCGGCCAGCAAGGGGGCUAGUCCGCCUAGCGGGUUCAACCUGGACGUCGUUGAAGAGCAAGGCUCUAUUGAAGCGGAGGAGGGGAUGACGAUGAAGGUGGACACGGACAAGAAUAUGGAUAUGGACGGCAAUAUGGAUGUAGAAAGGAAAGAGGGAGACGUCCAUCUGGUAAAUGUGCCGAGGACGAGCAGCGUAACGAGCAGUGCUAGGGGCGGGAGGUUGGCCAAGAGCGCCCGGGAUUUCUUGAACUUGCGGGACGAUGCUUUCGGGUUCGCCUUGACGCACGUCGGAUGCGCUAGCAAAAAGCGUCAUCCCUGA